CUAUUAACUCUCCAUUAUUCGGUUUGCCUCGAUUGUCCUAUAAAAGCCUAACUCAACCGGCUUGAAACUGGCGAGUAUUUCCAACUCAGGGAGAAAUCGAAAGUGAGAUGCUGUCGAAGUAAUGAAACUUUGAGCUUGAGAAGCUGUGUUACAAUUUGAACAUCUGUGAUCAUGCCGCUUGUAAUUAUGUGUGGAUACCCAAGUAGUGGGAAGACAACUCGAUGCGAGGAGCUAGCGAACUUCUUUCGAGAAGAGAUGAAAAAAAAUGUGGAAAUUGUCAGCGAUCAAAAUAUCGGCCUAAAUAAGAAUGAUGUUUACUCAGAUACCAGGAAGGAGAAGGAUGCUCGAGGAACUCUAAAGGCUGCUGCCCAAAGGAAAUUGACUCGAGAUAAUGUUGUUAUAUUGGACUCUCUUAACUAUAUUAAAGGAUUCCGGUAUGAAUUGUUCUGUAUGUCUAAAUCUGCAAACACUACCCAGUGUGUGAUACAUUGUGAUACUAACAAGGAUGAAUCUAAAAAGUGGAAUGAGCAGAGAAGUGAAGAGGACCGGUACAGAGAGACCCUAUUUGAUGAAUUAACGAUGAGAUUUGAGCCCCCAAACCCCCAGCAGAGAUGGGACAGUCCAUUGUUUCUGGUUCAGGUGGGGGACAGGCUACCAGUACAACAAAUAGAGCAGGCACUAUUCCAGCGGAAGGCUCCACCUCCUAAUAUGUCUACACAGUCUCAACCAUUGUCAUCUACCAACUUCCUAUAUGAACUCGACAGAAUAACACAAGAGACUGUAACAACAAUAUUAAAUCAACAAAAGACGAUGGUUCCUGGUGAUAAGAUCGUAGUGCCAGGUGUCCAAGACAAACUGGAUUAUGUUCGACCCUUCACGUUGAUGGAGUUACAGCGCUACAAGAGGCAGUUCAUCACUUACACAAAAAUGCACCCGGUUGACGACGUUUCAAAAAUUUCAAACCUCUUUGUUCAGUAUUUGCAGAGUAGUAUUAAAUAAAUUAAAUUUUAACGGCUUAGUAAU